AUGGGUUUUCUGAAAGAGCUCUCUGUUACUUUCAAGUCAUUGUUUACCCCUUUCAAUGACCUCCCUGCCAUUCCGAAAGGGUUCCCUAUCGAUUAUGAAGAGCUUCAGGCUCUUCCAGUCUCUGUGUCAUAUGGCGCAGCACUUUCACUUCCAGUGAUCCUUUAUCUCACAUUUUACGUGAUAUACAAUCUGUACUUCCACCCACUGCGGCAUUUGCCGGGGCCACUUCUAGCCAGGGCUACGCGUCUGCCAAUGGUGAUCAAUAAGUUCCGUGGCACCGCAACGUGGCAUUCCAAGUUGCAUGAGAAGUAUGGCGACGUUGUCCGACUGGCACCAGACGAAGUCAGCUUCAUCGAUCCUCAAGCAUGGAAAGACAUUUACGGCUUCCACGCUGGCAGCAGGGAGAACUUCCCUAAGGACUAUACCUUCUACGGUCCCGAUGCCGCCGGAAGGGGAGGUGGCAUCUUCAGAGCCAAUGACGAGGUCCAUGCACGUCAACGGCGAAUCUUUUCCCACGCGUUCUCAGAUAGGGCGCUGAAUCAACAAGAGCCUAUUUUGAAGUCCUAUGUGGACAAGCUGAUCACACGACUCAAGACAUUCGCCAAGGACAAACCGGGACUGAGGAUCGAUAUCGAAAUGUGGUACAACUUUACCACGUUCGACGUCAUGGCCGAUCUCACUUUUGGUGAGCCCUUACAGUUGCUGGACAAUCCAAACAAGUCCUACUUUGUGCACAAUGUUAUGGAUUUUCUCAAAGUUCAGAGUGCCACGCAGCUAGGCAGAUAUUACCCCAUGAUCGCGCCAAUUUUGGACCACCUCUUCAUCCCACGGAUUACCAAGGCCAACCAGAAGAAACAUUUCAAGGAAUCUGUCUCCAAAGUGAACCGCAGACUGGAGCGACAGAGCGACAGAGGAGAUAUCUGGUCACUCGUCAUUCGCCAAAAUAAAGACAAGGCCCUGUCUCUCGGCGAAAUGCAAGCGACGGGUGUUUCCUUCAUGACUGCUGGGACGGAAACUACCGCGACCGCGCUGAGUGGUCUAACUUACUAUCUUCUCACCAACCCCGAAAAGCUGAAGAAGCUCAACACCGAGAUUCGCACUACAUUCGCCUCGGAAGAAGAGAUGUCCAUCCUCGCCCUGGCUCGGUUACCGUACCUACAGGCAUGCUUCAAUGAGGCUCUGCGAAUGUAUCCCCCUGUGCCUGGCGGCCCUCCUCGCGUGGCUCCUCCUUCUGGUGGACUUGUAUGCGGAGAGCAGCUCCCUGCUGGUACAACGUGCUAUUUCAGUUCGUUCGCGGCCUAUCGUUCGCCCCGCCGUUUCAAAGAUCCCGAUAGCUUCGUGCCCGAACGCUGGAUGGGCGAAGAGCGCUACGUAUCAGACAAUAGAGAAUGCGUUCAACCAUUCUCAUUCGGACCCAGGAACUGUCUAGGAAAGAAGUAA